AUGUCCGAGCUGCCUGCCGACUGCAGUGUCCGGCAGACGGACGCCGCGAAUGGCCACCGCGACGUCCGGCAGGCGGAGGUAGGCGGCGGGAGGCGGGAGCCGGCCCCGGCGCGGCCCGCGGAGCCCGGAGAAGGUCCGGCGGCGGCGGCGGCCGCCGAGGAGGCCGGCGAGGCAGCGGUCGCCCGCGAGCUGGCGGGGCCGGCGGAGGAAGAGGGCGCGCAGGCCAGACCCCGGUCCCGGCCGGCGAACGGCCCGGGCCUGGCUGCGUUGCCGUACCUCCGCCUCCGUCACCCACUUAGUGUUUUAGGAAUCAAUUACCAGCAGUUCCUCCGCCACUACCUGGAGCACUACCCGAUCGCUCCCGGCAGAAUCCAGGAGCUGGAAGAACGCCGCAGGAGGUUCGUGGAAGCCUGCCGAGCCCGGGAAGCCGCGUUCGAUGCCGAGUAUCAGCGGAAUCCCCAGAGGUUGGAUUUUGACAUUUUGACAUUUACUAUAGCUCUCACCGCAUCUGAGGUUAUCAAUCCUCUGAUAGAAGAACUUGGUUGUGAUAAGUUUAUCAGCAGGGAAUAGUCUGGUGAUGGAACUGCUUCGAGGAGAGCGAGACUUAAACGCCGAUCCUGUCGC